AUGUACCUGCUGCUCUGCAUGCUGGCACUCACAGACAUCGCCGUGUCUACCUCCGUCAUGCCGAUGGCACUGUGUAUAUUUUGGUUCAAUUUGAAGGGCAUUACUGUGGGUGGCUGUUUUACGCAGAUGUUCUUCCUUCACAUGAUUUCUGUUAUGCAGUCAGCCAUCCAAGUGGCAAUGGCCUUCGAUCGCUACAUUGCCGUAUGUAACCCUUUGAGAUAUGCCACCAUCAUCACCAACACACGAAUAGCUAAGCUAUGUCUAGUGGGUUUGAUAAGAGCUGUUCUCCUCAUGCUCCCCCUGCCCCUGCUUCUGAGUAGGCAGCCAUUCUGUGGCAACCACAUUAUCCCCCACACGUACUGUGAGCAUAUAGUUGUGGUGAAGAUAUCAUGUGGGGACACCACUGUCAACAGGACAUACAGCUUGGUGGUUGCAUUUGUAGUCUCUGGGUUAGAUCUGACACUUGUUGUCCUGUCCUACAGUCUGAUCAUCAGGGCCGUCCUCAGAAUCUCCUCCAAGAAAGCCUAUGAGAAAGCCCUGAACACCUGUUCAGCCCACCUCUGUGUGAUACUGACAUCUUUUAUUCUCUUCCUUUUGUCUACUCUGACACACCGGUUCGGUCAGCACAUCAGUCUCCAUGUUCACAUCAUCUUGGCCAACCUCUUCUUCCUCAUCCCCCCCAUACUCAAACCAAUCAUUUAUGGCAUCAAAAUCAAAGAGCUUCAUGACAAAGUGGUCAAAUACACCUGCAGAAAGUGA